CAAAUCAGGAGCCACUUUAAAUCACCCCACCCGGCCAAAUCAUCACUACAUCAAGCACAACCAGUUUCUCUACCUCUGACACUCGAGUCGAUUGAGUUAACAACAACCCAUCCAAAACUUGAAACACCCUCAACAUUUUCGCCCUGUUUUCCCUACUCUCCAACCCCAAACACAUCACCAAAAUGUCUUCUCCCGACACCACCACCUCCGACAUCUCCAACGCCUCCAUGCCCGCUCAGGACAAGGAGGAGCAUGAGCAUGAGUCUUCCUCCCACCAAAGGCCCACCGGCGCUGGAGUGAACACCGGAGCAGGCAGCAGCAGGCCCAAGACCGAGGCUGAGUUGGAGGCUGAUCGGCUUUAUGAGGAGAGGAUGGAGGAGGAGUAUGCCAAGCGGGACGGAGGUGCUUGAUUGAGCUCACGAGGGUGGCUUGAAGGGAACUGGCUUUUUUUUUCUGCCCGUUCUUGUUUGAUUCCUCUUAUCCUUGACGACUCCAUUGGGCUUUGGAGUAUUCUCUCGGGGAGAGGGGAACUCCGAUUGCUGGUUUAGGUGUGAAUGCCAAGGAACAGGAGGGAAGUGGAAUGGCUCCGAAAGAAUCUGGAGCCUGAUAGAGUAGGAAAUUAAGAAGAGGAUCUGGGACCAAGGGAAUUGGAGAAGGAGGGUAACUUGUAAGAUAUAGUUUUGGGAAGGUUAACAGGUGUCCGAAAGGCUCCCCUCUGUAACAUUGUUUGAAUUUGGCCUCGACCACUAC